CAAGAAUCGCAAAACAUGGGACAUAUGACAUGAAAAUGGAACAAUCGCAAAACAUGGGACACUUAACAAGAAUAAUAAACAAGCGCAAAAUAUGGACAGAUGACAAGAAUAUGGAACAAGCGCAAAACAUUGGACACAUGACAAGCACACAAGAAACACCCGGAAGAAACAUGACAAACAUACAGGACAUAUGGAAAAUGAAAAAUGUCUUUACUUGUUACUAUUUCCAGUUUCACUUUAUUUUAGAAUCUUAUUCUGCUAAUCCCCUAUAUACCCUGUCUCCUCAUAUUAAUCUUGUGAAUUAAUAACGUGUCAUGAUGAUCCUGUUUAUUGUGUAAUCACUAUAAUUACUCAUGAUUUGGAAUAAGCAGCAGAGAUUAUGGACAAUAAAUCAUUUUCAAUUGUUUUUAUGGUGAGACGCUAGGAAUAUGGAUGAAGUUGAUACAUGUACCGGAUUAUAUAGAACAAUUAUAAAUAACGAGAAAAUUGUUCUUUUUUGCAACAAAUGAUUCGAUAUUCCCUUUUAUUUGAAAUGUAUGAUUAUUACAUCCGUCAAAUCAUCAUAAUAUUUUCAUAACAUUGAUUAGUGAAUGCUAUUAUAUAUUAAAAUAGGGAUUAUGCAAAGACGAAAGAGCGAAGCACGUCACAUUGUGAUCAGCUAAUCUUUUUUAUGAUGUCUUAAUAUUCCAAAGUACUUCCCGCAAGUAAUUCCUCAAGUAUUUCCCAAGUUCAAGGGAGCUAUGUUAGACGAUAUUU